UAGGGCUUCCGGCUGGAAACGCGUCCUCAUCAGUAAAGAGUUCCGUCUGGGGAGGCGGCAUGGCGGUGAGGUUGCGCCGGGUCUGUCGGGAGGUGCUGCUGGAGCCCCGCUACACGCCGCUGGUGGCCGCCUGCCUGUGCCUGGCGGAGGGCGGCGUCAACCUGUGGGUGAUCCGCAGGGUGCCCUACACCGAGAUCGACUGGCAGGCGUACAUGCAGGAGGUGGAGGGCUUCGCCAACGGCACCCGCGACUACACGCAACUGCGGGGCGACACCGGGCCGCUGGUUUACCCCGCCGGCUUUGUGUACCUCUUCCUGGGGCUGUACUACGCCACGGGCCGCGGGGCCGACAUCCGCCUGGCGCAGCACAUCUUCGCCGGGCUCUACCUGCUCAACCUGCUGCUCGUCUUCCGCAUCUACUGCCGCACCUGCAAGGUCCCCCCGUACGUCUUCUUCUUCAUGUGCUGCGCCUCCUACCGCAUCCACUCCAUCUUCGUCUUGCGGCUCUUCAACGACCCCGUGGCCAUGGCCAUCCUCUUCCUCGCUAUCAACUUCUUUCUGGAGGACCACUGGUCCUGGGGCUGCCUGCUGUUCAGCCUGGCCGUGUCAGUGAAGAUGAAUAUCCUCCUCUUCGCACCCGGGCUGCUCUUUCUCCUCCUACAGCGCUUCGGCCUCUUGGGCUGCAUCCCCAAGCUCUGCAUCUGUGCCGUGCUCCAGGUGGCCCUAGGGCUGCCCUUCCUGCUGGAGAAUCCCGUGGGGUACCUGACACGCUCCUUCGACCUGGGCCGUCAGUUCCAGUUCAAGUGGACAGUGAAUUGGCGCUUCCUCCCAGAGGAGGUGUUCCAGCACCGGGCUUUCCAUGCCGGGCUGCUCCUGGCCCACCUGGCUGGCUUGGUGCUCUUUGCACUGCACCGAUGGCACAGGUCCAAAGAAAGCAUCCUAUCUCUGCUGAAGGAUCCAGCCGAGAGGAAGCACCCGUCCCCUCCCUUGAGCGUCAACAAAAUCAUCUUCAUUCUCUUCUCCUCCAACUUUCUGGGCAUUUGCUGCAGCCGCUCCCUGCACUACCAGUUCUACGUCUGGUACUUCCACACACUGCCCUACCUGCUGUGGUGCACCCCGACCUCCAAGCUCACUCACAUGCCCAAGGUGCUGCUGCUGGGCGUGAUCGAGCUCUGCUGGAACACCUACCCCUCCACUGUCUGCAGCUCCCUGUCCCUGCACAUCUGUCACGGACUUAUCCUGCUCCAGCUGUGGUACGGCACAGCCCUGCCACCAGCCCUACAGCCCCCCCAGCCCAGCAAGAAGUCCGAUCCCCUCUCCAGGAAGGCAAAGUGAGAGCGCUGGCUGGACAAUGGGAGGGGACUCCAGGUCUGCUCCUCUGCUUGUUCUUCUGCCUGCCUUCCUUCCAGGUUGCUCCUGGCCACCUGAGGAAGGCCACGAGCCCUGGAACUACAAAGGGGGCAGUGUGGAAGCCCGUGCUGGGCAGGACUUCUCCAAUAAAGGGGCUUUGGGGGCCCUUCCCUGGCUGCAA